AUGUUAUUCGAAUACCCACAACAACCUGCCUUUAUUUAAAAGUAUGAACUCAUCAAACAAUUUUUUAUCUAAUUGCAAUAAGUUAGACAAUGUGAAUAAGGAGCUAUUCCAUCUUAGAAAAUAGAUAGACAACAAGAAAUCGAUAAAUAAAAUUCAAAAGCAUAAAUAACUGAGGAAUCUCUAAAGUAUGAUGAUUCAACAACUACCAGAUAAGUACCAAAAUAAAGAAGAGCUGUCUAUAUAACAAAGAAAUAGGAAUAAAGAAAGUCAAAAGAAAUUGCCACACUUCCUAUAAGACCAUCUGAUAUAAUGAUGAUUGAAUAAUAAAAAGAAAAAAUAGAUCAAUUUUGUUAAGAUAACAAGAUUCUAUAUGAAAAUAACAAAGAAUGUAUGUACCUCAUUAAGAAGAUGGCUAAAAUGAUUAAAAAACUAAAACAAUAAACAUGUCAAGAUCACUUAAAUAGUAUUGAACAUUUAUAAUUGAAAUUAAGAAUUAAAGAUGCUGAAAUUGCAAAGAAAAAUGAAUGCAUUCAAUAAAUAAGAGAAAAAUAUAAUCAAAUGAUCAAAGUUAUUGAAGAACAUACAAUAUAGGAAGAAUAAUAAUGGUAAGAAAUAUAAGCAUAAUAAAUUGAAUUAGAAACAUAAAAUUUAUUUUUGAGAAGAUUACUAUCAGUAAAUUUUAGUGAUGAAUAAAUUAAACAAUUGGAAUAAUAAUAAAAUGAAGUAGAAUUACAAUUCUUUGAUAAUUUUUGCAUAUCAAGAAAAGACUUAGAUAAAUAAGCAAUUCUAGAAUAUGAGAAAAUGUUACAAAAUAGAAAAUCAUAAAUUGAAUAAUAAUAUGUUGAUUGGAAUAUGGCUCAAAUAAACUCACAAUAUUAAAAUUAAUAACCUAUGCAUCAACCUUUGUAAGAUUUGUAUGCAGAAGAGAAAGAAAUGAUGAUGAAGAAACAAUCAAAUCAACUUAUGAGUAAAGAAGAUAAAUAGAGAAUUAUGGAAGAAUUGUAAAAACCUAUUGGUUCUAACAAAUAAUAACAAAUUAAUGUUUAAGAAGUUAAAUAAAAGUAAUUAGAUAUACUUUCUGGAUCAUCAUCUAAUAGUUCAAUACAAAAAAAAGAAUUAUAGUAAUAAUCUCUAUAAAAUCAAUAACAACCAAAGAAAUUAGCUAUAGAUAUUGAUACUAAGGAAAGUAUUCCUGAAUCUGUUGUAAAAGAGAAUUAAGCAGAUAAGUUGUCAUCAAAAGAUUAAUUACUGAGCUCUCUUAAUUAGGGUUGGGAAAAAUUAAUACAGAAAACCUCUCAUUUAAAAAGGUAUUAAGAUUAUGAGGAAGCUGAUUAGGUUAUCACAUAUAAUCCUAAAAAUCAUAUGUAAGAUAUAGAGUUUAAGAAUAGGUUUACAAACUCUCAAACAAUUAUGUAUGAAGGAGAUGAUUAUAUGGAAGACGAUGAUGAAGAUGAUGUGUAAGUCUAUCAAAAAAUAUUUAAUUAAUAGAGUAAGUAAUUAUAAAAGCCUACUCUUACUAAAACAUAAAAGAAUUAAGAACUAUAAUAUUAGUGA